AUGGGAGACUUCAACCAAGCCAUCGAUGUGUCUGAGACCUUUCCGCCCCCGCCCGAGUUGCGUGCGAAGGCGCAUGUGAAGUCAAUGGAGGAGUACCAAGCAAUGUACAAAGCCAGUUUAGAAGACCCCGAGAAGUUCUGGGGGGACAUGGCCCGGGAAUUCUUCUGGAAGAAGCCAUUCGAAAAGGUGGGGCCCGUGUACAACUUUGAUCGCAGCAAGGGGGACGUGUCCAUCAGAUGGUUUGAGGGAGGCACCACAAACAUCAGCUAUAACUGCCUGGACAGAAACGUUGAAAAGGGUUUCGGAUCGAAGACAGCGAUCUACUACGAGUGCAACGAUUUGGAGGAUGCUCAUGCAGCCUACUCCUACUCGGACGUGUUGAAGAUGGUGUGCAAGCUUGCCAACGCCCUGAAAGCCGAAGGUGUCCAGAAAGGAGACAGGCUCUCGGUCUACCUGCCGAUGAUCGUCGAGCUCCCGGCCUGCAUGCUCGCUUGUGCCCGAAUCGGGGCUGUCCACUCCGUGGUCUUCGGCGGCUUCUCCGCCGAGUCCUUGGCGGGACGGCUGGUGGAUGCACAGUCGAGCGUGGUGAUCACCGCCGAUGGCGUCAUGCGGGGGGCCAAGCCCGUGCAGCUAAAGGCCAUCACGGACAAGGCCUGUGAGAUCACCGCCAAGGAAGGCUUCAAUGUGAAACGGGUGGUGUGCGUAGCACGCCUCAAAGACACCCCGCGAGCAUCGCAGGCACAGCACGGUUGGGUCGAAGGCCGGGAUGUUUGGUACUCCGACUUUGUCAAAACACAGCCGGAGGAGUGCGAGUGCGAAUGGAUGGACAGUGAGGCACCCCUCUUCAUGCUCUACACUUCGGGCAGCACUGGAAAGCCCAAGGGCGUCCUCCACACCACAGGGGGCUACAUGCUAGGAUCUUUUGCGACGACCAAGUAUACUUUUGACUACCACCCGGAGGAUGUGUACUUCUGCACAGCCGAUUGUGGCUGGAUCACAGGACACUCCUACGUGACCUACGGCCCCAUGUUGAACACUGCCACGCAGGUCGUCUUCGAGGGUGUCCCUACGCAUCCAGAGGUGGACCGCUUUUGGAAGGUCUGCGAGAAAUACAAGGUCAGCAUCUUCUACACGGCCCCUACCGCCAUUCGGGCAUUGAUGAAAUCUGGGGAUGCGCCGGUGACCCGCAACGACCUCAGCAGCCUCCGACUGCUGGGAUCCGUCGGUGAGCCGAUCAACCCAGAGGCCUGGAGAUGGUAUCACCGAGUCGUUGGCGGUGGGCGCUGCGCCAUUGCCGACACGUACUGGCAAACAGAGACAGGGAGCCACCUGAUCACCCCCCUGGUGGGGGCCAUGGACUGCAAGCCGGGUUCCGCCAGCUUUCCCUUCUUCGGGGUCGAGCCCGCGAUCUUGGAUGAGCACGGCAAGGAGUUGGAGGGAGAGUGCAGUGGCCGACUGGUGCUCAAGAGGCCGCCUCCCUCCAUGAUGCGCACGGUCUAUGGGGACCACCAGCGCUUUGAGGAGACAUACUUCUCGCAGUUUAAUGGCUGCUACUUCACCGGGGACGGCUGCAAGCGCGACAAGGAUGGCUUCUACUGGCUCACCGGGCGCAUGGACGAUGUGAUCAAUGUCUCGGGUCACCGAAUCGGCACUGCGGAAGUCGAGUCCGCCCUGGUCGCACAUGCGAAGGUGGCGGAAGCCGCGGUCGUCGGCUUCCCCCACGAAAUCAAGGGCGAGGGCAUCUGGUGCUACGUGACCCUGAACGAGGGUGAGGCCUACGAGGACAGUUUGAAAGCUGAUCUCAAGAAGCAGGUUCGGGAGGUCAUUGGAGCUUUUGCCAUGCCUGACGAGAUCCACUGGGCCCCGGGUCUGCCAAAGACACGGUCCGGAAAGAUCAUGCGAAGAGUCCUCCGGAAGCUCGCGCUACCGGACUACGAGAAGCAGGACCUCGGGGACACCUCCACCCUCGCAGAUCCCUCCGUCGUGGAUGUGCUGAAGUCCUACCAUCCAAGGAAAGCAGCGGCAGGAUAUUCCGGUAAGUACAUAGAUGGGCCCACCGUGGCGGUCCGCACCGUAGGGGCGGCUCUGAGGCGCAAGGUGGGGACGAAGUCGCUCUCUGCUCGAGGCCCUGGGUCACGACCGCCGAAUGUCAGAACGGGGCAGCCGAGGGCUGCGAUCCGAACUGCACGCGGCCCGCAAAACGUGCGGGUGCUCGACGACGAGGCGACCGCGGCACAAGAUCGAGAGGCAGCGUCGAGCGUACUCGACUACUGGUUUUCGGAACUGACCACGGACGACUGGUUUCGGCAGAGCCACAUCAUCGACGAUCGCGUCCGCAAAGACUUCGGCGCACUUCACUCGCGGGCGGCUGCCGGAGAGUUGUCAGGCUGGGCGCACCACGCAGAAACCUGCUUGGCCCUGGUGGUCAUUCUCGACCAGUUCUCGCGAUGUUUGUAUCGAAACACGCCUGCGGCCUACACCUGCGACGUUGCAGCCCGGGUGGCCGCCAAUUCAGCGAUACAAAGAGGGGAUGACAAGCACCACUGGCCCCCCGGUCCCAAACGCUGGGCGCUGUACCUGCCCUUCAUGCACUCCGAAGACUUGCAGGACAAGAUCAAGUGCGUGAACUUGAUGCGCGAGGGCAUGGGGAAAUCACUCUUCAACAAGGCUGGUUCGCCUUCGGGUCGAGGUGCACCAUCGAAGGAGCCACUGCCGAAGCUGCAGACGGCGAACUCCACCAAUGGCAGCCAACUCACAGGCAAGAAGAUGGUGUCGAAGUCUCCGUCAGCUGCUGCCGGACCUGCUCAGGCUCGGGGUUCUCAGAGCCCGGGGCUGGAUGAGGGUGCUUGGGCGGAUGACGACAGCGACUACAGCGAUGAUAUGGAUGAGCCUGGUGUUCUCAAGGCUAACGGUGGAGGUGGGCGAUCGGCACCGCGUGAGCGAAAAGCCUACUCGAUGCAGGCAGCCUUGGAAAUCUCGGCAUUGCCGGUGCUCCCGCUGAACCAUGCGCACGCCCAGAGAUUCCGCGAGAUGCGCCUGGACGCGCAGACGCAGCAGGCCUACAUGAGAGACCGCAAGGAUGCAGCGCGCGUGGUUCGCUAUCAGUGCUUGGUUUGCGCCACCGAACACGAGUUCCGCAUGGCGGGCAAAGGGGCAGCCGGUGCUGAACAUCAGCACUGA